CUAAGGCUCGGAGGAAAAUAUUUCGAGAGCAGAGCUAUGGCGACUGCCGCAGGUCCGCUGCUCAAUGACAUCAAGAUCUCCGCCACGCCGGUGGCGGGAUCGUUCAAGGCCAAGUUUAUGGAUGCUUAUCACCGGCUCAAGAAGGAGCUCAUCACCGAUUCCGAGAGCUUUUCCCACACUUUCGAGUCGAGAGAAUGGGUGUCCAAGAUGCUCGACUAUAAUGUUCCAGGAGGGAAGCUGAAUCGGGGGCUCUCCGUGGUGGAUAGCUUGGUGUUGCUCAGAUCUGGCGAGGAGCUCAGCGAAGACGAGCUUUUCCUUGCGUUUGCUCUUGGAUGGUGCAUCGAAUGGCUCCAAGCGUAUUUCCUGGUCUUAGAUGAUAUCAUGGAUGAUUCACACACGAGAAGGGGUCAGCCUUGUUGGUUUAGACAGCCAAAGGUUGGCUUAAUUGCUGCAAACGAUGGCAUUCUUCUCCGGAAUCACAUAUCCCGUAUUUUAACAAGGCAUUUCCAUGACAAGCCUUACUACCAGGAUCUGCGAGAGCUAUUUGAUGAGGUGGAGUAUCAGACUGCCUGUGGACAGAUGCUCGAUCUUAUUACAACUCCACCCGGCGAAGUCGAUUUGUCCAAAUACGUAAUGGACACCUAUUUAAGAAUUGUAAAAUACAAGACAGCAUAUUAUUCUUUCUAUCUUCCAGUUGCAUGUGCUCUGUACAUGUCUGGAGAAGAUGAUAAAUCCAAAUUUGAAUCUGCUGAGAGAAUCCUUGUGCAGAUGGGAACUUACUUUCAAAUACAGGAUGAUUAUUUAGAUUGCUACGGCCAUCCCGACGUUAUUGGAAAAGUUGGAACCGAUAUCGAGGAUACCAAAUGCUCGUGGCUUAUUGUACAAGCGAUAGCUCGUGCAAUCCCCGAGCAGAAAUCCCGACUUUACAAUAACUAUGGACGCAAAGAUCCAGCGUGCGUCGCGGAGGUGAAGAAGGUGUACAAUGAAUUAAACCUCGAGAAACUUUUCCUCGAUUACGAAAGCGAGAGCUAUGACAACUUCAUGUCGAUAAUCGACGACGAGAAAAGCAUUGAGCUACAGCAAGUCUUGAAGCUCUUCCUUUCCAAAAUCUACAAGCGUCAAAAAUAAAAUCGCCCAGACAGUGAUGACAAAACCUUUUUUUCCAAAGCUUUUAAUCCCAGCCGUUGGUUGUGUUCCACGAAAAGGGACGUGAACUCUAUAUAUCUCUUGUUUUAGGGUUCUUGGUUAGGGUUGGCGAUGUCUUCUCUUCAAAUGGACGAUGACAAAUUCUCUAAA